AGUUACAAAGUUUCUGACUUGUGAAAGUAAUUAUUGGUUGAGGACACCUACUUACAGUGCUCCACAGCUUACCAUAUGUUAAUCUUCUCUUUAUUCUAUAUAUACGUACCAUAUAUUAGAAGCUAUAUAUUUUAUGCUUUACUACCACCCAAACAAAAAAUUCCUCUCUUGGUUAUCUAGGAUUCUAAAAGUUGGCAUCCCCAUGAAAGAAACACUAAGAUACUUAGCAGGGAUUGCAGGCCCAAGUGGUUAUGGUUCAAAAUCUACUGCUGAACAAGUUACUGAAGAUUGUUCUUCUUCUUUACCUAAUCAUCUAACUGCUAUAAUCACUGGUGGAACAUCAGGUAUAGGAGUAGAGACAGCAAGGGUAUUAGCAAAAAGAGGGGUGAGAAUAGUAAUUCCAGCAAGGGACUUGAAAAAAGGAGCAGAAGUGAAAGAAGAAAUUGAAAGAGAGAAUCCAAAAGCUGAGGUUAUUGUAUUGGAGAUUGACCUCAGCUCAUUUGCUUCUGUACAGAGAUUCUGCUCUCAAUUCCUUUCUCUUGGUCUUCCUCUCAACAUCCUCAUAAACAAUGCUGGAAUAUUCUCCCAAAAUCUGGAAUACUCUGAAGACAAAAUUGAGAUGACAUUUGCUACAAAUUACUUGGGACAUUAUCUUUUAACAGAAAUGCUGUUGGAAAAAAUGGUGGAAACAGCAGCUCAAACGGGCAUCCAAGGAAGAAUAAUUAAUGUCUCAUCUGUAAUCCACAGCUGGGUUAAGAGAGAUUCUUUCUGCUUCAAUGAAAUGCUAAACCCAAAGAAUUAUAAUGGCACACGUGCAUAUGCACAAUCAAAGUUGGCAAACAUAUUGCAUGUAAAAGAAAUGGCUAGACAACUAAAGGCAAGAAAUGCAAGAGUCACUGUCAAUGCAGUACACCCAGGAAUUGUAAAAACUGGGAUUAUCAGAGCUCACAAGGGAUUUAUCACAGAUUCUGUGUUUUUCCUAGCUUCCAAGUUACUAAAAACAACAUCACAGGGUGCAUCAACAACAUGCUAUGUUGCUUUGAGCCCAGAAAUAGAAGGCGUAAGUGGGAAAUACUUUGCAGAUUGCAAUGAGACAAACUGCUCAACUCUAGCAAAUGAUGAAUCAGAAGCACAAAAGCUGUGGAAGCAGACUCGUGGACUAAUAUGCAGACGACAAUGUCAUCCAGCAGCUGAAAAGAAAUUGUGUAUUCCUUUACUAUAGACCAGGGGAAUUUAGGUUCUUGUAUAUAAAAUUUAUCCAUAAGAUAUCCACAAGGCCUUACAUUACAUUGGCCUACUAAUAGGUAAUUCAAAGUACAUCACAAUAAAGGGACUUCAGAAUCCGGAAUCAUCCCCUUCUCAUCUCCACAAGGAUGUAUUACUCAACCACAGCUAUGCUAAUUUAAUAAUAGAAAUAUAACCUUCUGUA